UUAAGAUUGCCUUAUUUGCGAUAGAUAGGUCGCUUAUUUCGGCGUAAUACAAAAUACUCGAACAAAAUUUAAAAAAAAAAAAACGGUCAUAUUUUUGAAUAUUCAUCACUUCGUUCAUUUAUUCAUAGUCGUACUUCAAUACACGUAGUAAACUUAUUUUCAAUAAUAAUUAAGUUUCUUAGGUCGUAAAUUGACCUUAAGGGACAACAGUGUGUUUUUGCCCUUAGUCGCCCGCGGUCACGGUCAAGGUCAUCGCCACCGGUGUCGCGUCUUUAUUUACUAAGAUUUAUACAUUUAAAAUCAGUGAAUUGACUACUAUUAGUGCAUAUUUAACGUUUUAAAUCCAUAUAAAUAAAAAUGUGUGAUGCAAAAAUCAAAGAUUUAGUCAAAAAGCGUGGUUCGAUUAAGUCAAGACUUACACAAUUUUCAACAUUUUUAUCAUUAUUAAAUAGUGGUGAACACCUAAGUGAUAUACAAAUAAAGGAGUUAGAGUGUCGUUUUCGUAAGAUCGAACAGUUAUAUGGUGAUUUCGAAAGCCUGCAGUCAGAAAUCGAAGCACUAACAGACCCUCCAGAGACGGCCUACCAAGAUCGUGAAGCCUUCGAUGGAAUAUACUUCAGGCUUGUAUCCGAAGCUCAAGUGAUGCUUAAUUCACACCUGAGCACUCAGCGUCGCCGCUCUUCUUAUGUAAAGGCAGUACACCUCGAGCUGGUAACCGAUCUUACAAAAGAGGCCUAUCUAGCUUGUCUGAAUCGAUUUACAUCGAGGCGUGGAAAGCCGGAAACCAUUUACUCUGACAACGCGUCCACGUUCAUAGGUGCCUCAAAUGAGCUCGCGCAGUUCCUCAAAGGCAGCGUAGACUACGUGCAAGCACAACUAGCUGAACAAGGUAUUAACUUUAAAUAUAUUCCAGCGUAUAGUCCUCAUUUUGGCGGUAUCUGGGAAGCCGCUGUUAAAUCAGUUAAACACCAUUUGCGCAGAGUGCUUUCUUUGACUCACUUUGAUUAUGAAGAAAUGGCGACCUGCUUGGCGCAGAUAGAGGCAGUUUUAAAUUCGCGUCCCCUCACACCUCUAUCCACAGACCCCUCCGACCUUUCCUAUUUAUCUCCAUCUCACUUCCUCAUCGGACGACCACUGUUAGCAACAGCACAGGCAAACCUCUUAGACAAAGAAGUCAAUCGUCUCCAGCGAUAUCAACGAGUGGAGAAACUUCGUCAACACUUUUGGCAGAGAUAUUCGUUGGAAUACGUUUCGUUGCUUCAAACUAAAGGCAAAUGGAGGCAGUCAAUGGACAAACUGAAGAUCGGAGCCCUCGUCUUAGUAAAGGAUCGCACACAGCCACCUCUUCUUUGGCUCAUGGGUCGAGUCACAAACAUCAUUUACGGCGGCGACUCCAUCGGCAGGGUGGCUCAACUGAACACUAAGAAAGGCAUUAUCACGCGAGCCUUCAACAACAUAUGCCCGCUUCCCUUGGACGACAUCAGCCCGGGGGGGAGCAUGUUGUGAAACAACAAAUAAAUUUCAGAGGAUAAAAUACUCGACCACAAUAACCUUAUUAAUAACAUUUUAUCCUCUGAGUAAAGGUACAAUGACGUAAAACGUCAUUUCAUAACAUGUCAAAAUAAAUAGACAAGAAAACAAGGUGACAGACGUCAAUUCAUAUAAAACGUAACAGACACAUUAGGAACAGACCUCAUCAACGACGGACUCAUAAACCUACAUAUCAAAUUCUGCAACAUCAUUCAUAUAUUCAAAAAUAGAAUCAAGAAGAAGCAAGAAAACCGAAGAAAGAAACCUGCACCUAUAAAAUAUUAUAGUCAGUAUUCAACAAGGAGUGAGGGUCAAGUUGAUAUUAGAUGGAUGA